AUGUCGACCCAAUCUCCUCAUCCUCCAACCCCCAAGGGUUCGCGCAACAACCGCCGUCCACAGAAGAAGAACAUGACGCCUCAAGCGCAUAAACCGGGUCUCCUCUCGACCCCGCCGUCAUCUCCGCCGCGGAAUAUGAGCCCAGCCGGGAAUCAGACUGACUCAAACAUCAACAACUCGAAGAAGAAGCCUAUGCGAUCUGCAAAGAAACCGCGCGACAACAAGGCUUCACCGGCACCAACCAACGGUUAUUUCCAGAAUACUGGGCACCAGAACAAUACCCAACGACAAACCCCGUCGCACACGGUUGCCUCCCCUCAGAUGAAGGAUAGUGCCGCCUAUGCAGGCCCAACCUUCCAUGCAUCGCCCGCUCCUUCAGCGCUUCCCAUGCCCAGCUUUUUCUCCAAGUCAGCUCCUGAUUCAGAUCUCGUGCCACCGAUCGAGACCGACAGCGAUAUUGCGGAGAAUGAACCCGAACCGGAUGUGACUCCUUCUAAACCUCGAAGCCGACCUCAGACCACAGGCACUGAACCGAAACCCACUCCUCUGGACUUCCUCUUCCAGGCUGCUGUACAAGCCAGGAAUACCAAGUCGACGAGCAGCCCUGAAGUGAAUAAGCUUCGAUCGCCUCAGACUGAACCCAGAGCUAUGCGCUCCAACGCAGAUGGCAUGUUUGCUUUUGAGAUGGAGACUUCGGUUUCUCCACGCAAUUCGCAUAUUGGUCCUUCAUUUGCUCCUUCCUAUCAGGACCGUAUGAACGCUUUGCAAAACACUCGAUCCUCGAGCACUCCCCAGUCUCCCAAUAUCACUGAGGAGCAGCGCAGAAUGAAGACCGAGGAGUUGAAGCACUUACUUCUCAAUCCGCGUCCCCAGAAGCCACCCUCGGCUCAACCCACUCCUGAUUCAGCCGCAUUUGGUGCGCGUCCAUCGAACAUCCCCCCUUAUGCUACCCCCAUGCGAACUUCCUCUGGACCCCCCAUGACCAUGUCGCAUGGCUCUUUCUCCGGUCAGCAGCAGGCCAUUCCUAACAACGCUGGCCGUGCUCCUUACCCCUACCCUCCUCAUUCCCACUCGCCGCUGCGCCGUGAGGUUCCCCCUGCUCAUUCACCUUACGGUGUUUCGAACGGCUCCUCGCCGGCCCCGUUCAGGGGUCCUUACAUGCCGAGCCCUCCACCUCAACGGCUCAACUACACCUCUCCGCAGCCACAAUACCCGGCUGGUUUCCGCAUGCCGACAAGCUCGCCUUCUGCUGCCCAGUCCAUGGACACUAAGCAAAUCGAGGAUGACAUUCGUCGGGUCCUGAAGCUCGGUGCUACAGCGGGAAUGCCGCCGAGUGGAAUCCAGAGCUCCUUUGCUUAG